CCCUCACACAAAGCCCUUCGAAGGAAAACUGGCUGAAACUUGUUGGAGUAUUAGUGCCAGGUGCUCAAUGAACCAUGUGCAAGCCGGGAUGGGCUGCCGGCUGGGUUGUAGAUCUGGUAGAUUUACGCUGCGGCAAGUAUUAUUGAUCAUUACAAUAUUUACGUGCAUCGGCUUAUAUGCGUCUACAGCCCCGCGCUGAUCGUUGACUAGACAAGAAUGGCAGACGCAACGGGCUCAACGCAAGACGACGGCUCCAACACCGUGAUUGUUAUUGUAGGAGUGGUGCUUGUCAUAGUUGGAGGCGCGCUGCUUUAUUCUUUUAUUCAAUACCAGCGGAUGAUGGCCAACGCGCCCGCACGGCCAAAGAAGAAGCUAGGGGCGAAGCAGAUCAAGCGCGAAAAGCUGAAGAUGGGCGUUCGGCCGCCGGGCGACGACUGAGUGAGCAUGGAGGGACAGCGGCCGGCCGCCGCGGAAGCGCUGGAACGAAAUAGGACUUUGUUUGGGUGAAGCUGGUGCACCGUGCAAGACGGUAGGACUGAACGGGAUGGCCACACGGCAGUCUCUACAAGCUAUCUUUGACCUUAGUGUUUUCCGCGCAGUAUCACAUGAAGAGGCGUGCUGGCAAGUACAUGAUAUAUUUUGAUGCUGUGAUGUGACUUGGAGCCGCCGUGUAGCCGUAACCGCUGCCGUGUGCCGCUGCAAUGUAAUGAUGCAUGCAA